CUGUCUUGAACCCUUCAUUGUUAGUAGCCCUUUGGUUGUUUGUGUCGAUUACCGUACUCUGAAGUGCCUCAACCUCACAAAACUAUAACCAAAGCAAAGACAAAUCUUUUUGAUUGGGGUACUACAAUGGGUAACAGUUUUGGUGCAAAGAAGAGCGCAAAGGUGAUGAAAAUCGAUGGUGAAACAUUCAAGUUGAAGACCCCGGUGAAAGUUGAGGAAGUUCUUAAGGAUCACCCUGGUCUUGUUUUGCUAGAUUCUGAGGCGGUAAAGCACUAUGGGGUGAGGGCAAAGCCUUUGGAAGGUCACAAGGAGCUGCAUCCGAAGAGGCUCUACUUUCUUGUGGAGCUUCCGAAGGAGACAAAGCCAAGAAGGGUUCGUUCUGGCAUUAACAUGAGUGCCAAAGAUCGCCUAGAGAACCUUGUGCUUACUAGGAGGUCUGCUUCUGAUCUUUCAAUCAUGAAGCAAAGCAACAUGGGUGAUGCUGAACAAGGUAGCAAGGACAAUACCAGUAAUAAUGGUGGGGUGAGGUUGAAAAUGAGGCUUCCGAAAUCUGAGGUCGAGAAGUUGAUCCAAGGUAGCAAAGAUCAGGCAGAGGCAGCUGAGAGGAUCGUCAAGCUUUAUAUGGCCAAUGGUAGCAGAGAAACUGAGGAAAAUGGUGACAGAGCUAAGGAGAGUACAAAGAAGAGGGUGAGCUUUAUGCCAAUCAACGAAGGAGGAACUCCAAUAGCUGCGGCUUCAUAAUUAACCACUCACCAACUCAAGGAGUUUUUCUUACACAAAGUUAAAUAAGUCAUGUUAUUUAUACAAUGCAUACAAUUUCAACUGGGUACACUUUUUAUAGGUGUUUGUGUAUCAGUUUAUAGAACAGAAGAAUAUUAGCGAAAAUUAAUGCUGAUGUUGCACAGCACCUGUUUGACUUGUGGCUAGUUUUAAAUCUAUGUAUUGUAUGCAUAACAUUACUCCUGAAGUGAUGAUGUGUACAUAUUUUUGGGGGUGUCUAUAUGAUCUCCUCACAUAGAGAUGAUACAUUAUGAAUUGAUAUUAACUUUCUAAUUUUGUCUUA